GAGCUGCACUAGGACCGGACAACUGGACGCUAUGCCCACAUCGCUGCUGCUGCUACUGUUUUCUCCCUGUCCUCCUUGCUUUUGCCUGCAGUGUAUGCACAGCUUCUGGCCAGUGGAGAGCCAAUAACCUUGGAAUGGAUGUAUGGGAUUCUGAUGAUGAUAUUAUGCCCCCACCAAUUGUGAUGGAAGGACCUGUAGAUAGGUUUCCAAAUGAAGAUUUCCAUGGACCUGGGAAAAGAUUACGAAUUUAUGAUGACCACUCUCAUGAUGAUUUGCAAGGGCAGUUGCAGUUGAGAGAUUUUGAUUUCAUUAACAAAGGACCUGGACAAAGACGAAGACCAUUUCCUGAUCACCAGUCUCAGGAUGAUUUACGAGCCCCAAUGCAAAUGAGAAAUUGGGACUACAACAGGGGACCUGGGCAAAGGAUAAGACCUUUUCCUGACCACCAAUUUUAUGAUGAUUAUCCGGAAGAAAUGCAGCUGAAGGAUUUAGAUUUCUGUAACAAGGGACCUGGACAACGACUGAGACCUUUUCAUGGCCACCAGUCUUAUGAUGACCUGCAGGCAGACAGGCAGUCAAGAGACUUUGAAUUUAAUAGGGGCCAUGGACAAAGGCAAAGAACCUUUCCUGACCACGCCUCUCACAGUGACUUACAAGGAGACAUGCAGCCAAAAGACUUUGAUUUUGUCAACAGGGGUCGUGGCCAGAGGCAAAGGCCUUUCCAUGACCAUCAGUCACAUGAUGAGUUUCAACCACAGAUGCAACUGAAAGAUUUAGAUUUCAUCAACAAGGGGCCUGGUCAGAGAUUGAGACCUUUUCGUGAGUACGAAUCACGUGAUGAUUUACAACCACAGAUGCAGCUGGGAGACUUUGAAUUUGUUAACAGGGUUCAUGGGCAAAGACUGAGACCUUUUCAUGAUCACCAGCCUUGCAGUGACUUGCAGAAGGAAAUGCAGUUAAAAGAUUAUGAUAAUAAAGGGCCUGGACAAAGAUACAGACCUUUUCAUGAUCAUCAGCCAUAUGAUGAUCUACAAGAGCAGCAGCAGUUGAACAAUUUUGAUUACACUAAUAAGGGACAUGGACAAAGGUUACGUCCUUUUCAUGACCGUCCAUCCCAUAAUGACUUGCCACAUGAAUGGUGUUCAGACAGAAAUCAAGCUUUUUCAUCCUAUGAAAAUGUACAAGAACCUCAUUUUUCUUCUUCUCCUUCACGUCACAGAGAUUAUGGAUCUGAUAAUGAUGAUUUCAGUAGAUGUUACAGUAAUAGGCCUACCUGUCCUGAAGACAGUAGGAGAAUACAUCCUUCAGAAGAAUUUAACAGAGGGGGGAAAAAUCGAUUUGCACCAUAUUCGUCACGCACAAUGAAUCUUUCCUCAUCCAUACACCAGAAAGAUACUUCAACAGACUACGAAAGAAAACCUUUUCAUGGUGAAACUACCAGAGAAAUGGAGCAAGGCAAAAGAUUACCUGUUGUAACAGUUGAUUACAAUUAUGGUUUGCCAUUAGAUUAUGGACCUGAAGAGGAGGAAGGAAUGCAUUAUGAUUUACCUUCAAGAGAUCGCUACAACUGGAACUGAAUAAGAAGACAAUAUUUGUUCUGCAUAAACUCAUAUGUACCCACUUCCCUUUUUGUGGACCAAUUUUUUUUUCUUUUACAAAUUAGAAAAAUACAAAUUUCCAUGUUAAAGAAAACUUGUCUCUAUUAUAAGACUAGUUUCUACUGAUGUGUUUUGAGUCUUUAUAUUUACAAAAUAGUGUGUAUUUGUUAAAGUAUAUUUGGAGACCAGUUCCUCUAUACACAAAAAAACAGUCCUUGCUUUUAGUGAAAUUGGAACCUCAUCACCUAAAACAGUCACCUCUCUGACUGAAUAGUAGUGGUUGUAUCUUUUGUUUUAACUUUCUUAAAAUGUACAUAAUUUCAAGAUGCAAAACUUGUAAUAAAAGCUAAAAAAACUGCACCAUCAGCUAAAAUAGAAGUUGAGGUUAUAGGAAAAAAAACCAUGAAAAUAAAUAAAACAGAAAGCAAUUUCAA